UCAAAGCAAAACAUUUUUUAACAACCCCUACCUUUUCCAUCAAUCACUUUCUCUCCCCUCCAUCGAUGCACAAGCACAAUGUCAUGGCUGGCUCGUUCCCUCGCCAACUCUCUCCGACUCGACGACGAUGAUGACUCUGCUGAACACGACGUCGCACCCUACACCCCUCAUGAUUUCUCACCAGUAAAACGUUAUGGGGAAGAUGCUCAAUCCACAGAAGGAGCGGAAAGAAGAAAACAAGUUGAAGAAGAAGCGCAAGCGAGAGGCGUGAAAGAGGAUCUCACUGAACUGAAGCAAACCCUAACGCGUCAACUGUGGGGUGUCGCCUCUUUCCUUGCUCCUCCGCCGACGUUUAAUGAUCGAUCAGUCUCCAAUUUGAAUCAGUCUGAGCCCUCCGAUCGAUCGGAGGAAGGUGGACAUUCCGAUUCCGAGGAACUAGAGGGGAUCAGGCAAGAUUUUGCGGAGAUCGGAGGAAGAUUUAGGAGCGGGGUCACGGGGAUUUCUAAAGCGGCAUCGAAUUAUUUUCCGUUUGGAUCGGAGGAAAACGAGGUUGAAAAUAAUGUGGAAGGAAAUGAGGGAGAAGGGGAGGAAUUAGAGAUGGAAGAGCGUGAUGAUUGGGGAGCAGGAGCCAUUGGGAUUACCGACGAGGUUUUGGCAUUUGCGAGGAAUAUUGCAAUGCAUCCUGAGACAUGGUUGGAUUUUCCUCUUGACGAGGAAGAUGAUUUAGAUGAUUUUGAUAUGUCUAGUGCCCAACAAGAGCACGCUAUGGCCAUUGAACGACUUGCUCCUAGACUAGCUGCUCUCAGAAUUGAACUUUGUCCCUGCCAUAUGACUGAUAGUUACUUUUGGAAAGUUUAUUUUGUUCUUCUGCAUUCAAGACUCAACAAGCAUGAUGCAGAAGUUCUAUCUACACCUCAGGUAAUGGAAGCCAGAGCAAUGUGGAUGAAGGAGCUACAUAAACAAACUAAGCCAGAUACUGAUUGGUUUGGAAGAAGCACUUCCUAUGUAAAUGAGAGUGCAUUAUCGCGUGAAGAUUUUGAAUAUGCCAGGACGUUUGAUUUUGAACCAACAAGCAGUAUGGCAACAGAUUAUGGGACAGAGAAGCACCCCAUUGUAAGUCCAGAAACAGAAUGCAUUGAUAAAUCAAUUAUCAAAGAAAAGGCAGUGAUAAAAAUUGAGGAUAAGGGUCAGCUAGCUGGCCAAUCCUCAAACUCAGUGGUUCCAAAUUAUGAAGAUGAUGGGGAUGACUGGCCAGAUGAGGAUGGUUCGGAUUUAGGCAGUUACAGAGCCACCUUCCCUCUGGGAAAUGAAGAAGAUAUAUCAUUCAGUGAUCUUGAGGAUGAUAUUGACAACAGUAUUUGUAUGAAAUCUAAGAUACUCCAAAAGGAUACGGAAACUUCAACAUCAUAAACCUAUAUGUACCUUCAGUUAAGCGUAAGCUCUGCUGAUUGUGCUGUAGAUGGAAGUGUAAAGCCAUUCAGUAUGCAGUGAACUUGAAACUGAGUGUCCAGAAUCAUGGCAGGGAAUAUAUGGUGGCCCGUGAGAACUUUUGUACAUGAUGGUUGUUUUACUUGAGUUUUCCAUAGAGUAAUUAUACGUUCAUUUAUUGUGCAAAGGUUGUAAACAAAGCAUGUUAAUUACUCAGCAAAGACGUUAUGAAUGAAAUUAGCCAAUUUUUUCCCUAUAUUAAUAAUAUGAGAGAAAUGUACAAGGAAUAA